GACCACAGCCAGCUACCUGGAGGAGCUCAGUGACUGACCUCUAGAUAUGGGCAUCUACGAGGAGAUACCUGAGACUUCUGUUACUGCAGGUAGAUUACACAAACACAUACAUACAUACAUACAUACAUACAUACAUACACACACACACCUACCUACCUACCUACCUACGUACGUACACAUCUACCUACCUACCUACCUACCUACAUACGUACACACCUUCCUACCUACAUACAUACCUACCUACAUAAAUACAUACACACCUACCUACCUACCUACCUACCUACCUACCUACAUAAAUACAUACCUACCUAACUACCUACCUACCUAAGUACACACCUACCUACAGUUGAAGUCAGAAGUUUACAUACACCUUAGCCAAAUACAUUUAAACUCAGUUUUUCACAAUUCCUGACAUUUAAUCCUAGUAAAAAUGCCCUGUUUUAGGUCAAUUAGGCUCACCACUUUAUGUUAAGAAUGUGAAAUGUCAGAAUAAUUGUAAAGUGAAUGAUUUAUUUCAGCUUUUAUUUAUUUCAUCACAUUCCCAGUGGGUCAGAAAUUUAUAUACACUCAAUUAGUAUUUGGUAGCAUUGCCUUUAAAUUGUUUAACUUGGGUCAAACGUUUCGGGUAGCCUUCCACAAGCUUCCCACAAUAAGUUGGGUGAAUUUUGGCCCAUUCCUCCUGACAGAGCUGGUGUAACUGAGUCAGGUUUGUAGGCCUCCUUGCUUGCACACGCUUUUUCAGUUCUGCCCACAAAUGUUCUAUAGGAUUGAGGUCAGGGCUUUGUGAUGGCCACUCCAAUACCUUGACUUUGUUGUCUUUAAGCCAUUUUGCCACAACUUUGGAAGUAUGCUUGGGGUCAUUGUCCAUUUGGAAGACCCAUUUGCGACCAAGCUUUAACUUCCUGACUGAUGUCUUGAGAUGUUGCUUCAAUAUAUCCACAUAAUUUUCCUUCCUCAUGAUGUCAUCUAUUUUGUGAAGUGCACCAGUCCCUCCUGCAGCAAAGCACCCCCACAGCAUGAUGCUGCCACCCCCGUGCUUCAUUAAAAUGCAAAUCAAUUUAUAACAUUUUUGCCAUGCGUUUUUCUGGAUUUUGUUGUUGUUAUUCUGUCUCUCACUGUUCAAAUAAACCUACCAUUAAAAUUAUAGACUGAUAAUUUAUUUGUCAGUGGGCAAACGUUCAAAAUCAGCAUGGGAUCAAAUACUUUUUUCCCUCACUGUACGUGAGAAUGCUAUUCAUUGACAACAGCUCAGCGUUCAACACCAUAGUGCCCUCAAAGCUCAUCACUAAGCUAAGGAUCCUGGGACUAAACACCUCCCUCUGCAACUGGAUCCUGGACUUCCUGACAGGCCGCCCCCAGGUGGUAAGGGUAGGUAACAACACAUCUGCCACGCUGAUCCUCAACACGGGGGCCCCUCAGGGGUGCAUGCUCAGUCCCCUCCUGUACUCCCUGUUCACCCAUGACUGCAUGGCCAGGCACGACUCCAACACCAUCAUUAAGUUUGCAGACGACAACAGUGGUAGGCCUGAUCACCAACAACAAUGAGACAGCCUAUAGGGAGGAGGUCAGAGACCUGGCCAUGUGGUGCCAGGAUAACAACAUCUCCCUCAACGUGAUCAAGACAAAGGAGAUGAUUGUAGACUACAGGAAAAAAAAGAGGACUGAGCACGCCCCCAUUCUCACCGAUGGGGCUGUAGUGGAACAGGUUGAGAGCUUCAAGUUCCUUGGUGUCCACAUCACCAACAAAUGAUCAUGGUCCAAACACACCAAGACAGUCGUGAAGAGGGCACGACAAAGCCUAUUCCCCCUCAGGAGACCGAAAACAUUUGGCAUGGGUCCUCAGAUCCUCAAAAAGUUCUACAGAUGCACCAUCGAGAGCAUCCUGACUGGUUGCAUCGCCACCUUGUAUGGCAACUGCUCGGCCUCCGACCGCAAGGCACUACAGAGGGUAGUGCGUACGGCCCAGUACAUUACUGGGGCCAAGCUUCCUGCCAUCCAGGAUCUCUAUACCAGGCGGUGUCAGAGGAAGGCCCUCAAAAUUGUCAAAGACUCCAGCCACCCUAGUCAUAGACUAUUCUCUCUGCUACCGCACGGCAAGCGGUACCGGAGCGCCAAGUCUAGGUCCAAAAGGCUUCUCAACAGCUUCUACCCCCAAGCCAUAAGACUCCUGAACAGCUAAUCAUGGCUACCCGGACAAUUUGCACUGCCCCCCCACCCCCACCCCCACCCCCUUUUUUACUCUGCUGCUACCCUGUUUAUUAUUUAUGCAUAGUCACUUUAACUCUACCCACAUGUACAUAUUACCGCAAUUACCUCGACUAGCCGGUGCCCCCGCACAUUGACUCUGCACCGGUACCCCCCUGUAUAUAGCCUCCCUACUGUUAUUUUAUUUUACUGCUGCUCUUUAGUUAUUUGCUUUAAUUUUUUUUGCUUAACACUUUUUAAAAUGUCUUUACUUUGCAUUGUUGGUUAAGGGCUUGUAAGUAAGCAUUUCACUGUAAUGUCUACACCUGUUGUAUUCGGCGCAUGUGGCAAAUAAAAUUUGAUUUGAUUUGAUCUCUAGGAGACAGAACGCGUCUCCUUCCUGAGCGUUUGGAAAUUGUUCCCAAGGAUGAACCAGACUUGUGGAGGUCUACCAUUUUUUUUCUGAGGUCUUGGCUGAUUUCUUUUGAUUUUCCCAUGAUGUCAAACAAAGAGGCACUGAGUUUGAAGGUAGGCCUUGAAAUACAUCCACAGGUACACCUCCAAUUGACUCAAAUGAUGUCAAUUAGCGUAUCAGAAGCUUCUAAAGCCAUGACAUCAUUUUCUGGAAUUUUCCAAGCUGUUUAAAGGCACAGUCAACUUAGUGUAUGUAAACUUCUGACCCACUGGAAUUGUGAUACAGUGAAUUAUAAGUGAAAUAAUCUGUCUGUAAACAAUUGUUGGAAAAAUUACUUGUGUCAUGCACAAAGUAGAUGUCCUAACCGACUUGCCAAAACUAUAGUUUGUUAACAAGAAAUUUGUGGAGUGGUUGAAAAACGAGUUUUAAUGACUCCAACCUAAGUGUAUGUAAACUUCCGACUUCAACUGUACAUACCUACCUACAUACACUCACAGGUGGUAGUUAAAGCAAGCCAGCUACAGAUGAAGAGAUGGUUUCGUAUGUGCUAUUCCCCUCUACCUCCUGCCAGAACACAGACUGUCACUCAGUGUGGGGAGAAUUUUCAUCAUCGAAAUUCAGCCGUGAAAAUAAACGUUUGGUUUGGCGUAACGCCCUGUGCAUUCCCAUUCCAUCCCAUCUGUCUUGUGUCUGACGGUUUAGUAACGUUCUAUUUGAUUCUAUUCUACUCUAGUGUACUGUACUCUAUUCUAGACCUAGACCAGACGGUCCACCCUCCUGUCUCCGCCACACACCCCUAUGAGAACCAAGACACUUCCUGUAUGCCUCCUGACAUAGGCUACGGCUGCAUGAUGGUCAACGGUGUCGUCCAUAUCUACACUAAGAAGGACACCAUGGACACGUGCGACACGUCAAUUAUCCCUUAACAUAUCAUAUUGUUAGCCGUAUUAUAACACAUUAUAAAAAAAGGCUCAUACGUGCUUAUAACAAGUUGUCAAGCAAUAUACCUAAAGGCUUUAGAUAAAUUGUUACCAUGGUUAUAAACAUGCCGAUACCUAGCAGCCAUACAUCUUAGAUGUUUAUAAGUUCGUCAUUACUUUGGCCUUCAGUGGCAUUAUGAAAAAGACUACUUUGUGUGAGUGCCUUUUAGUUUACUGGGUGUUGGCUAUCGAGACGGUGUUAAAAGUCUGUGUACUGUCAUUUCAGGUCUACAGAGUUGGAGCUGCCGUACCCAGACCUACCGGAGUACAUCGCUGAUAUGAACGUCAUGAUGGCCCUCAUCAUCAACGGACCUGUGUGAGUUAACAUACCUCUGAUGGCAUAUAUACAGUGGGGAGAACAAGUAUUUGAUACACUGCCGAUUUUGCAGGUUUUCCUACUUACAAAGCAUGUAGAGGUCUGUAAUUUUUAUCAUAGGUACCCUUCAACUGUGAGAGACGGAAUCUAAAACAAAAGUGUUACUAAUGGUUUUCUUUGAGACUGUGGUCCCAGCUCUCUUCAGGUCAUUGACCAGGUCCUGCCGUGUAGUUCUGGGCUGAUCCCUCACCUUCCUCAUAUCAUUGAUGCCCCACGAGGUGAGAUCUUGCAUGGAGCCCCAGACCGAGGGUGAUUGACCGUCAUCUUGAACUUCUUCCAUUUUCUAAUAAUUGCGCCAACAGUUGUUGCCUUCUCACCAAGCUGCUUGCCUAUUGUCCUGUAGCCCAUCCCAGCCUUGUGCAGGUCUACAAUUUUAUCCCUGAUGUCCUUACACAGCUCUCUGGUCUUGGCCAUUGUGGAGAGGUUGGAGUCUGUUUGAUUGAGUGUGUGGACAGGUGUCUUUUAUACAGGUAACGAGUUCAAACAGGUGCAGUUAAUACAGGUAAUGAGUGGAGAACAGGAGGGCUUCUUAAAGAAAAACUAACAGGUCUGUGAGAGCCGGAAUUCUUACUGGUUGGUAGGUGAUCAAAUACUUAUGUCAUGCAAUAAAAUGCAAAUUAAUUACUUAAAAAUCAUACAAUGUGAUUUUCUGGAUUUUUGUUUUAGAUUCCGUCUCUCACAGUUAAAGUGUACCUAUGAUAAAAAUUACAAACCUCUACAUGCUUUGUAAGUAGGAAAACCUGCAAAAUCGGCAGUGUAUCAAAUACUUGUUCUCCCCACUGUAUGUGGUAGUGUUGAUUCAAAUCAGUGGCGCUGAAGACUUGCGCUACAGCGUGAUAGAAAGGCAAUGUUCCCGCAUUCGCGGAGACUGCCUUUACGGUAAAAUGCAUAUGUCGAAAUUACCUUUACAUUUAAAUCGUGCUACAGAUUGAAUCAAGCCCAAGGUUUCUAUAAUGGCCAUUCUGUCAAGAAGCAAAACAUCAUGAUGAUAGACCGCGAGUCGUCUGUCAGUUACUCCUGACAGUGUACUGCCUGUUAUCAGUGGAGCAACUGACGUUGUGUCUGGGUUUACUUCCUGCCUUCACAGGAAGUCAUUCUGUUACCGUCGGCUACAGUACCUGAGUUCUAAGUUCCAGAUGCACAUCCUGCUGAAUGAGAUGAAGGAGCUUGCAGCUCAGAAGAAAGUCCCUCACAGAGAUUUCUACAACAUACGCAAGGUGAGUCCUCAGUCAGCGUGUUGGAGAGGACCAGCGUGAGCUAUGCUCUACGCAGAAUCAGUGAUCUAGAAAUCAUCUUGCACCCCCAAAGAACUGCUCAUUAUUUGACCCAAGAUGUUCAAAUCUGCGCAGAGCUUUGCUCAGGCCGAUGCCCUCGAAGUGUUGCGUAUUCCGGUGUUAUUCUAUCUUCAUUCAUCUGUGUCUGUAUCUGGUUCGUUGUUGCGCACCCAGGUGGACACCCACAUCCACGCCUCGUCCUGCAUGAACCAGAAACACCUGCUGAGGUUCAUCAAGAGGGCCAUGAAGAAGUAUCCAGGGGAGAUAGUCCAUGCGGAGAGAGACAAGGGACAGACGCUCAUGGAGGUGUUCGAAACCAUGAACCUCACAGCCUUCGACCUGAGUGUGGACACACUGGACAUGCACGCUGUGAGUGGUGGUGGAGACGGGGCGAGGGAGGAGACAGAGGGUUGCAUGUCGAUAGUCUUAAGUAGCUACCUCUCCUUCAUCCUCUCUGUUUGUAAAAUAUUGGUUUUGGUUCCUAUAUUAAGAGAGGACACAUAGAGGAGACAGGAAGGUCAAUGAAGAGAUCUCAGGAAAAGGAUGGAUGAACAGUUGUUCUAUUUUUUUUUUUAGAGCUUUUUGAUUGACAACUGUGCUUUAAAGACAGACGACUAUCUGACUUGACAGCUUGGCAGCGACAUCAACAAGAACGUCCCCUUUCUCUUCACAGGACCGCAACACUUUCCAUCGCUUUGACAAGUUCAACGCCAAAUACAACCCCAUCGGGGAGUCCAUCCUUAGAGAGAUCUUCAUCAAAACAGACAACCAUGUAGAGGGGAAAUACUUUGGACACAUCAUCAAGGUGAAUGCAUAUAGUCCCGUGUAGCUCAGUUGGUAGGGCAUGGCGUUUGCAACGUCAGGGUUGUGGGUUCGAUUCCCACGGGGGGCCAGUAUGAAAAUGUAUGCACUCACUAACUGUAAGUCACUCUGGAUAAGAGCGUCUGCUAAAUGACUAAAAUGUAAAUAAUCAACAUACUGUAUAUUCUCCUCCUACGUCAUGAUUCUCGACCCCUUCUCCCGAUGUGUGAACUUUCACAAUCUCCAUCUGAAAUUAAAAGCAUCGGAUUUGUGUGAGCAAUUAGAGGGAGUUUCCACCACAGAAAGAUUGUGCAAGUGCACACUUCAUAAGAAGGGUAGAGAAUCAGGAUGCAACCACAGAGAGUAGUAAUGUUGUUUUAUAGUAAUGUUGCAUUGUAGUACAUUUUACUUUUGAGUCAUUUAGUAGACGCCCUUUUCCAGAGUGACUUACAGUUAGUGCAUUCAUCUUAAGGUAGCUAGGUGGGACAACACCAUAUCACGGUCAUAGUAAGUACAUUUUUCCUCAAUAAAGUAGCUAUCAGCAAAGUCAGUGCUAGUAAGAGAGAAAACGGGGGGUGCUGUGGGAUUAUUUAAGAUGCUCUUUAAAAAGAGGCGGGGUUUCAUACGUUUUCAGAAGAUGGGCAGGGACUCUGCUGUUCUAGCUUCAGGGGUAAUCUGGUUCCACCAUUUGGGUCCCAGGACAGAGAAGAGCUGUGUGUGUGUGUGUGUGUGUGUGUGUGUGUGUGUGUGUGUGUGUGUGUGUGUGUGUGUGUGUGUGUGUGUGUGUGUGUGUGUGUGUGUGUGUGUGUGUAUGUAAGUAGCCUUUCUUUAUCAUUUAACUUUGAAUUCUGUCAUUUUAAUUCCAUCUUCUAUCGAUUAGAUAUCCCCUAACUUGCUUUGCCACACAAGCAGAGCAGCAAUGCAAUUGUCUCUCUCUCAUCACGGGAAGGAUCAGAGAGUGCAUGCCUUUUUUUUGUGCGGCUUUUUCCAAUUCAUCAGUAUAGUUGCAUCAUGCAACCCUUAGGUUUUGAUUUCUCAGACAUUCCCAGGUUUAUCACAACUACAUAAAUAAUGGAUUUUAUUGUGAUGGUGUAGGCUAUAUUAAAUGGAUUUAUUUGACUUUUUUAAAUGUAGAUGUUCCAAAGGCACGCCUCAGCAGCUUGUAUGAGUGGAAGCCAGGAAAUGCUAAACGUAUUUUUGUUAAUUAACGGUCAAUUACCAUGGAGACCGGCAGUAUUUUGGAACUGCCUGCCAGGUAGGAUGCAAUCUAAGAGUGUUCUGAGCCUGAGACGUCCAGCCCUGAGAGGGGCGGAGAGGAGGAUCUGAUGGUUCACAGUGUCGAAGUCAGCGGAUAGAUCUAGGAGGAUGAGAACAGAGGAGAGAGAGUCAGCUUUGGCAGUGCGGAGAACCUCCGUGACACAGAGAGAAGAGCAGUCUCGGUUAAGUGACCCGCCUGGAAGUCUGACUGGUUAAGGUCAAGAAGAUCGUUCUGAGAGAGAUAGCGAGAGUUGGUCAGAGACGGCACGCUCAAGUGUUAUGGAAAGAAAAGAAAGAAAGGAUACCGGUCUGUAGUUUUUGAGUGUUGGUUUCUUGAGGAGGGGAGUGACUCAGGCCAUUUUGAAGUCAGAGGGGAUGCAGCCAGUGGAGAAAGAGGUUAACGUAGUUCUGUGUGAGUUGGACCAGUGGACUCAAUAGGCUGAGUGAAUGAGGAGCGGAUGUCGUCAACCUUCUUUUCAAAGUGAUUGACAAAGUCAUCCACGGAGAGGGGGGAGGGGGUGGAGGAUUAAGGAGGGAGGAGAAGGUGGAAAAGAGUUUCCUAGGGUUCGAGGCAGAAGCUUGAAAUGUAGUGAUAGAAAGUUUAGCAUCGGAUACAGAGGAAGAGAAGACAGAGCGGAGGGAGUGAAAGGAUGAUAAGAAGUUUCAUUUUCCUCCAUUUUAGCUCAGCUGCCCGCAACCCUGUUCUGUAAGCUCGCAAUGUGUCACUCAGCCACGGAGCAGGAGGGGAGGGCUGAGCCGGCCGGGAGGAAGGGGGACAUUGCGAGUCAUAGGAUGCGGAAAGGGAGGAGAGUAGGGUCGAAGAGGCAGAAUCAGGAGACAGGACGGAGAAGGAUUUAGCAGAAGGGAAAGAUGAUAGGUUAGAAGAGGAGAGAGUAGUGGGAGGGAGUAGUGGGAGAGAGAGAGAGCCAAGAUUGCGACGGCGCAUGACCAUCUGGGUAGGGGCUGAGUGGGUAGGGUUGGAGGAAAGGGAGACAGAAAAGGAAACAAAGUAGUGAUCAGAGACCUGGAGGGGGGUUGCAGUGAGGCUAGAAGGCUAACAGCCUAUUGCGUAUUGCCUGCCUUGUGAGUUGGAGAGGACUGAGAACGGGUGAGGUAAGGAGGGGAAAGAGAGAGUUGGAAAGAAAUGAAUCGAAGGCAGACGUCGGGAGGUUGAAGUCGACCAGUACGAAAUGAGCUCAUCAAGGUGUCAAGCUUGAUUGAUUCUCUAAGGGCACCUGGUGGGUGAUAGAUGAAAACAAUGUUACUCUUGAGUUGACAAGUGAUAGUGACAGCAUGGAAUUCAAAUGAGAAGAUGGACAGGUGAGUGAGGGAGAACAGAGAUCAUCUCCAUUUAGAGAAAUGAGCAGCCCUGUUCCACCACUAGAUGCUCUCGGACUACGAGAGAAAACGUUGUCAGGUGAAGAGAGAGCAGCUGGUGUAGCAGUUCUCUGGGUUGGUCCAUGUCUCCUUCAGGGCCAAAAAGUACAGGGACUGAGGGGCAGCAUAGGCUGAGAUGAACUCUGCGUUCUUGACCGUAGAUCCGCAGUUCCAAACGCUGCCAGAGACCAGGAAUUCCAAAUGGGUUGUGCGCGCCAGGGUACGCUAAAUUAGAAUGGAUGCAGCCAAGGGGUGGGGAGCGUCUGUAAAGCCUACAGGGGGAGGAGUGAACAAGUAUAGAAAACAUAUAGUUGCCAAAGCUUCAAAAGAGCAAAAUGAGAUCAUCUGUAAAUAACUGGGUAAGAUAUUCAAGUGAGAGACUAGCGUGGCACCUUCCUCUCUUUCCUUCCUCUAAUAACUCCACAGAACCGUCUUUGUUUCGGGCGAAGGUUCGAGACCGCCGCUGACACCGAUUACCAAAACCACAACAGUCACAAAUUGCCCCUUGAUCCUGGUUGACGAGUCGACAACUUUAUCUGCAAGUUAUGAGUCAGUCAGCAGUUCACACACCAAGUAGGCUACUGGGAAGACAGGAAGCACUUUAAAGUAGAUGGCCCUUAGCUAGCAACAAGACAGUACUAGACGACAACAGAUUAAGACAAAGAUCAUACUUAUCACUCCUGGAGAUAUCAAGAGUCCUCUGUAGUAAUGCUGUAUUGUAGUGUAGUAAUGUUCUAUACUAGUACUUAGCGCCCCCUGCUGACUGUUGUAUGCCUCUGCACCCCGUCAGGAGGUGAUGGCUGACCUGGAGGAGAGUAAAUACCAGAACCUGGAGCUGGACCUGGACCUGGACCUGGACCUGGAGCUGCGUCUGUCCAUCUACGGCUGCUGCAGGGACGAGUGGGACAAGCUGGCCCAGUGGGCCGGAGGAGAGUAAAUACCAGAACCUGGAGCUGGACCUGGACCUGGACCUGGACCUGGAGCUGCGUCUGUCCAUCUACGGCCGCUGCAGGGACGAGUGGGACAAGCUGGCCCAGUGGGCCGGAGGAGAGUAAAUACCAGAACCUGGAGCUGCGUCUGUCCAUCUACGGCCGCUGCAGGGACGAGUGGGACAAGCUGGCCCAGUGGGCCGGAGGAGAGUAAAUACCAGAACCUGGAGCUGCGUCUGUCCAUCUACGGCCGCUGCAGGGACGAGUGGGACAAGCUGGCCCAGUGGGCCGUCAAACACCAAGUCUACUCUAACAACGUACGCUGGCUGGUGCAGGUGCCACGACUCUUGUGAGUACCACCAAAGCCUCUUACAACAUUAUAUACCAUUUCUGUUACUACUACAAUACAUCCGUUCAACAAUUGUCUGGUGUUCCCACUUCUUCCACAUUGUUCUGAAUGAAACGAUAUAUUUUCAGUCUGUCCAUCUACAGGGGUUAGAGUUCUUCAGUCCUUCCACACAACCAUAGUCAAGCCAGCUGCCAGAUAACAUUGAAUUACUGUGAAAGUGCCUAAUUGUUGUUACUGAACUAUGAUUCCUUAAAUUUGACCUGAAAACCAAUACAAUUCUGAAAAAAAGACCUGCAUGCUCUCUAUCUCUCUCUGCAGUGAUGUGUACCACACCAAGAAGCAGCUGUCUACCUUCCAGGAACUGCUGGAGAACAUCUUCAUGCCUCUGUUUGAGGUCACCAUCGACCCCGCCAGACACCGUGAGCUGCACCUCUUCCUACAACAUGUGAGUAAACAAUCCGUUGGUUUAGUGGUUCAGAGGACACUGUGUGUUGGAUCAGUCGUUAUGGCUUUUGUCUAGCAGUAACCUAACGUAGCAGGGUGUUAAAGAAAUGCCGGUGCUGCGUUUCUUUCUUUCUGGUCCUGACGAGAGUAAAAAAAAACGGUGGGAAGGUUCUCUUCCGCACUGUUCAACCAAUCCAGUUAAAUGUGGAGGAGGAGUUAAGAUUAAGUGUUCUCCUUAUUAACGUCCAAAAGUGGAAGUCGUGUCACAGGCUAUCUUUCCAUGUCCCCUUAAAACCGGACGCAUCCGGUUGUUUCCGCCCCCCGACAGAGGGUGGUCUAGCAGAUAACCUCUCUGAGACACUGGGCGUGUUCGAGAACAUCAAUCCUGACGGAUCUACAAAUCACAAUAAGUCGUUAUUUGGGAUGCAAGGUGAUUUGUAAAAUCAGUAAGUCUACUCGGUCUGUCGUCGGGCGAAUGACCUAAAUUGAUGCUCUCAAACACGACCACUGAUCGUGAAGACGACGACGUUGACAAUGACGAUUUACGACGACAAUGACAAUGGUGUGUGUGUGUGUGUGUUCAGGUGGUGGGCUUCGACAGUGUGGACGAUGAGUCUAAACCGGAGCAUCACUGCUUCAACACGGAGAGUCCUCUGCCAGCCGACUGGACAGAAGACAACCCUCCUUACGCAUACUACCUGUACUAUAUGUAUGCUAACAUGACCGUGCUCAACCACCUGCGCAGGUAUGGGACCACAUGAUACUGCAGCACUAUUACCAUUUACACUGAUUCUAGCAUGACACUGACAUUAUCACUGUAAAACACCUGGCUAUGUGGGAACAGAAUCUAGAACAGGGCUUUCCAACCGUGUUCCUGGAGGUUUUCAGUCCAACCGUGUUCCUGGAGGUUUUCAGUCCAACCGUGUUCCUGGAGGUUUUCAGUCCAACCGUGUUCCUGGAGGUUUUCAGUCCAACCGUGUUCCUGGAGGUUUUCAGUCCAACCGUGUUCCUGGAGGUUUUCAGUCCAACCGUGUUCCUGGAGGUUUUCAGUCCAACCCUAAUCUAGCUCACCUGAUUCUAAUAUUUAGUUGGUUGAUAAGCUGAAUCAGGUUAGUUAAAACUGGUUUUGAAGCCCUGGUGUAAACCUACAGGAGGGUAGCUCUCCAGGAACAGGGUUGGAGAGCCCUGGUGUAAACCUACAGGAGGGUAGCUCUCCAGGAACAGGGUCGGAAAGCCCUGGUGUAAACCUACAGGAGGUUAGCUCUCCAGGAACAGGGUCGGAGAGCCCUGAGCUGCUGUAGAUACUUUCCACUAAAGGGCAUAAGCAACACAUCUAAAUUGUACUGUUCAUAUUUCUGUGAGGGUCAUGACCCUACACAGACGUACCAAUAGAGAUCUGCAUUGUACCGUUCAUAUUUCUGUGAGGGUCAUGACCCUACACAGACGUACCAAUAGAGAUCUGCAUUGUACCGUUCAUAUUUCUGUGAGGGUCAUGACCCUACACAGACGUACCAAUAGAGAAUGAACACAGGAAACUCACUGACAAUCACAAUCCUAUCACAAUGCUAUCACAAUACCAUCAAAUGUUAUCACAAUACCAUCACAAUACCAUCACAAUACCGUCACAAAACCAUCACAACGCCAUCACAAUACCUUCACAACGCCAUCACAAUCCCAUCACAACGCCAUCACAAUCCCAUCACAACGCCAUCACAACACUAUCACAAUACCAUCAUAAUACCAUCACAAUACCAUCACAAUACCAUCCCUUAUCAUAACAUCAUAUCAUAUCACUCAAUAUGCCCUGGCUUUGACCUCUGUGACCUCCCACCGUACCUCUGUGACUGCCUGUUAUGUAGCAUUAGUUAUACAGGGUUGCUAAGCUGGUCCUCUGUAGCUCAGCUGGUAGAGCACGGCGCUUGUAACGUCAAGGUAGUGGGUUCGAUCCCCGGGACCACCCGUACAAUUUUUUUUUUUUUCAUAAUAAUAAUAAUAUAAUAAUACAAUGUAUGCAUGCAUAUAUGGAUAAAAGCAUCUGCUAAAUGGCAUAUUAUUAUUAUUAUUAUUAUUAUUAUUAUUAUAACCACCUUAUCUCUUCAGCUGUCCGUGUAGCUGUGUUUUAUAUGGUUUGAGUCUCGUCCCCACCGUACCUCUAUGAUUGUGUGUACCACCAAUCAAUCAAUUAAUCUAUCUAUCUAUCAAUUAAUCUAUCUAUCUAUCUAUCUAUCUAUGUGUGUUCCAGGCAGAGAGGUUUCAACACCCUGGUGCUGCGUCCUCACUGUGGGGAGGCGGGGCCUAUCCAUCACCUGGUGUCAGGUUUCAUGCUGUCAGAAAACAUCUCCCACGGACUGCUGCUGAGGAAGGUACUGCUGCACACAGCGUUAGCCGCCACACUGUCUAUAUUUCACACACCACAACGAGGACAAAGUCGUCAGUCAUCUACAGUACGAGCUUGUGACCACCAGGUGCCUUUCAAACAAAUGGCAGCUACUGUAAAUGUUCCAAUGCAAAAAAUGGUUCACGGGGUUGGUUGUUCUUUUUGUAUCAACAAAUGUUUCCAGUCAUAAGAGACAACUGCCCACAACAGAACACAUAGUGUAUCACCGUGUCCUCACCCGUCCCUGUCCUGCAGUACCUCUACUACACAUAGUGUAUCACCGUGUCCUCACCCGUCCCUGUCCUGCAGUACCUCUACUACACAUAGUGUAUCACCGUGUCCUCACCCGUCCCUGUCCUGCAGUACCUCUACUACACAUAGUGUAUCACCGUGUCCUCACCCGUCCCUGUCCUGCAGUACCUCUACUACACAUAGUGUAUCACCGUGUCCUCACCAGGCCCCCGUCCUGCAGUACCUCUACUACCUGGCUCAGAUCGGCAUCGCCAUGUCUCCUCUCAGCAACAACAGUCUGUUCCUCAGAUACCACCGCAACCCCCUGCCUGAGUAUCUGUCCAGGGGACUCAUGGUCUCGCUGUCCACUGACGACCCUCUGCAGUUCCACUUCACUAAGGUUGGUGAACCCCAACCAUGUAUAUAAAUAAAACACUAUGAAUACCGGGUAUGUGAAUAUAAACUGUACUCGUAUGUCUAUGGUGGCUCCAUGUCACUAGCAAGGUUUCUGCUCAACACAACAUACAUAAAGAAUGCCUCCAUGUCACUAGAUAGAUUUCCAUCCAAUUGGCGACAGAUUUUCAUGCAAAUAUUCUAAAAUCUGCAUAAAGAAAAUAUGCGCAUUUUCCCACCGGUGGUGUGUUUUCACCGAACGGACUUGUUGCUGAUAAAAAUCAGAGAUGACGAAGUGCACACGAUGUACUUUUCUCUUCAGUUUUCAUGUACCAAAUAAAAACAUACAGUACCAGUCAAAAGUUUGGACACACCUACUCAUUCAAGGGUUUUUCUUUAUUUUUUACUAUUUUCGACAUUGUAGAAUAAUAGUGAAGACAUCAAAACUAUGAAAUAACACAUAUGGAAUCAUGUAGUAACCAAAAAAAAGUGUUCAACAAAUCAAAAUAUAUUUUAUAUUUUAUAUUUGAGAUUCUUCAAAUAGCCACCCUUUGCCUUGAUGACAGCUUUGCACACUCUUGGCAUUCUCUCAACCAGCUUCAUGAGGAAUGCUUUUCCAACAGUCUUGAAGUAGUUCCCACAUAUGCUGAGCACUUGUUGAUUGCUUUUCCUUCACUCUGCGGUCCAACUCAUCCCAAACCAUCUCAAUUGGGUUGAGGUCGGAGGAUUAUGGAGGCCAGGUCAUCUGAUGCAGCACUCCAUCCCUCUCCUUCUUGGUCAAAUAGCCCUUACACAGCCUGUAGGUGUGUUGGGUCAUUGUCCUGUUGAAAAACAAAUGAUAGUCCCACUAAGCCCAAACCAGAUGGGAUGGCGUAUCGCUGCAGAAUGCUGUGGUAGCCAUUCUGGUUAAGUGUGCCUUGAAUUCUAAAUAAAUCACAGACAGUGUCUCCAGCAAAGCACCAUCACACCUCCUCCUCCAUGCUUCAUGGUGGUAACCACACAUGCGGAGAUCAUCCGUUCACCUACUCUGCGUCUCACAAAGACACGGCGGUUGGAACCAAAAAUCUCAAAUUUGGACUUAUCAGACCAAAGGACAGAUUUCCACAGGUCUAAUGUCUAUUGCUCGUGUUUCUUGGCCUAAGCAGGUCUCUUAUUAUUAUUGGUGUCCUUUAGUAGUGGUUUCUUUGCAGCAAUUUGACCAUGAAGGCCUGAUUCACACAGUCUCCUCUGAACAGUUGAUGUUGAGAUGUGUCUGUUACUUGAACUCUGUGAAGCAUUUAUUUGGGCUGCAAUUUCUGAGGCUGGUAACUCUAAUUAACUUAUCCUCUGCAGCAGAGGUAACUCUGAGUCUUCCUUUCCUGUGGCGGUCCUCAUGAGAGCCAGUUUCAUCAUAGUGCUUGAUGGUUUUUGCGACUGCACUUGAAGAAACUUUCAAAGUUCUUGAAGUGUUCCAUAUUGACUGACCUUCAUGUCUUAAAGUAAUAAUGGACUGUCAUUUCUCUUUGCUUAUUUGAGCUGUUCUUGCCAUAAUAUGGACUUGAUCUUUUACGAAAUAGGGCUAUCUUCUGUAUACCCCCCUACCUUGUCACAACACAACUGAUUGGCUCAAACGCAUUAAGGAGGAAAGAAAUUCCACAAAUUAACUUUUAAGAAGGCACACCUGUUAAUUGACAUGCAUUCCAGGUGACUACCUCAUGAAGCUGGUUGAGAGAAUGCCAAGAGUGUGCAAAGCUGUCAUCAAGGCAAAGGGUGGCUAUUUGAAGAAUCUCAAAUAUAAAAAUGUAUUUUGAUUUGUUUAACCCUUUUUUGGUUACUACAUGAUUCCAUAUGUGUUAUUAUAGUUUUGAUGUCUUCACUAUUAUUCUACAAUGUAGAAAAUAGUAAAAAAUAAAGAAAAAAAACCCUUGAAUGAGUAGGUGUUCUAAAACUUUUGACCGGUAACAUAUUAUUGUUACUGUAUGCUGUCCCUUUCCCUUUCCAGGAGCCUCUGAUGGAGGAGUACAGCAUCGCUGCUCAGGUGUGGAAGCUCAGGAGUACAGCAUCGCUGCUCAGGUGUGGAAGCUCAGGAGUACAGCAUCGCUGCUCAGGUGUGGAAGCUCAGGAGUACAGCAUCGCUGCUCAGGUGUGGAAGCUCAGGAGUACAGCAUCGCUGCUCAGGUGUGGAAGCUCAGGAGUACAGCAUCGCUGCUCAGGUGUGGAAGCUCAGUUCCUGUGACAUGUGUGAGCUGGCCAGGAACAGUGUUCUGAUGAGCGGUUUCUCCCAUAAAGUACCGUCGCCUUAUCAUUAACCACUGCAUUAUCACAUUUCUACAUUAUUUACCCGAGCAUGAUAUAUUCUCUACUACUUUAUAUACCUACUGUUAGCCUGUUCCUACUGGUAGCCUGAUCCUAAGGCUAUGUGCAUGUUUGAGAUUUACAGACUUUGCUUAGGUCUGUUCAGAUCAACAGAUCUUCAUAAUGCCUGGAACAGCGUGCAACCAAUCAAAUUGCUACAACAAUCCUAAUCCUACGCAGACCUGUAUCUCAAACACACACUAUUUUUUCCCCAUGGUCAUACAUUAUCUGUUCUGAGGAGACCUCAUUUAUCACCUGAAAAGUGACAGUACAGUACUUCAAUCCCCUUUCUCUCCAGGUGAAGAGUUACUGGCUAGGGCCACACUACAUCAAGGAGGGGCAGGGGGAAACGAUAUCAGACGCACCAACGUCCCCGACAUCCGUGUGGCGUACCGUUACGAGACCAUGUGUGAAGAACUCAACCUCAUCACCCAGGCGAUCCGCACAGACGAGCUGGAGGCCAUCACAGAAGAGGAGGGGAGUCUGUGUAUGGGGCCUGUCUAG